CUACUGGUUAGAGAGUUGGAGAAUCAGAAGUUAGUGCUGAAGCGUAACCAUCAUCCAUAUUACAGUGUUCAGGCGUUCAUGAACAAGGAUGCGUAUGGUGAAUGGGUCAGGUUGGAGGAAGAGAAGAUCAACAGUCUGAUCAAAAGUUUCUGGCACAAUUCUUAUCCAUCUGUGACUGAACUGCCAUUAGGCAGUGAGUACCAUGAGCAAUACGUUGAUUUGAUGAAAAGACUUAUUAGGUGAGGAUUGCUUUAACCCUUUAUGUCCCAAUAGUGACCAACAGCAAUUUUCUCCUAACAAUGUCCGUACAUUGUCAAGAGAUAAGGUUGUGAGAAUAUAAAAAAUGAUCGUGAAAGAGAGAAUGCCUUGAUGUUUUUUUUAAUUCUCUCAACUAAUUGUUAAAGGAAAUGUAUGAAGAUCAGUUUGGAGAAUUUGUAUGUGGAUAUUGGGGCUUAAAGGGUUAAAGGCUUGUACUGCGAAAAAGAAAGUUGUUUAUUUUCCUGUAAGGCUGUUUUUCACUAGCAAUAGGUUGAAGUCAGAGUUGAGUCGUAAUUGCACUGAGGAAUAGUUAGACACAUCCUACUUUCCAUGGAAUUGUAAAUGAGCUUUGAUUUAGCAUUUACCCUUUGAAUCCAAUCAUUCUUGAUUCAGCGUUAUACUGUUUUAGGAAUAAGAUGAUAAUUAUCAACAUUGAAAGCAAAGGAAAAGGAGUCACAUAGAGUGAAAAUCAGUUGAACUCUUUCGUAGACUUUUUUGUUUCCCCUUUAUACACUCUAACUUCCUCACGUGUUGAAUGUCACCACCAAGAUUUGCGUGCUUAGUUAGCCUAGUUACCAUAGCAUUGUGGCCUAGGAAGCGCUCCAAGGGCAAUCUUGUUUUAAGUGGUGGAAGAGUCAUAUAAUAUGUGAUUUAUUCUUUUCAUGACAGGUUUGAAAGUAAACACAAGGAACCUCAUCCAGUACACGGUGGGGUAACGCCAACAGAACCUUUAUCACCUACAGCUUGCAAACUGUUGAAAGAGUUUGAGCUCAGAUAUGGAAUUGGAUUGUUGUUCUGCAAAAUUUGUUACCUUGAAUACCUUGUUAAGUAAGUAGCAAACUCGUGAUUUAAACUCAGAUCAUGUAACGCACAAUUAUAGAAGCUACGUUUCCACUAGCCUGAGAAAACAGUCGACAUUUGGCGACGCCAUCACUGGUUUCCCCGCCAAAUGACGUCUGAGAAACGAGCGCAGAUAAUCCAUACUGAUAACGCCUCACUACCCAGAUCUGGGUAGCGCUUCUGAUUGGUUGAAUCAAAUUUCCCACGCGGCUCGACCAAUCAGAAGCACUAUCCAGAUCUGGGUAGUGACGCGUCAUCAGUAUGGAAUUUCUGCGGUCGUUUCUCAGACGUCAUUUGGCGGGGAAACCAAAUGUCGGCUGUUUUCUCAGGCAAAGUUUCCACCAAAACAGGCUAUUUGUGAGUUCAAACUGCAAAACUCCUAUCAUGUGAGAAUAAGUUUUUUGAGAAAAUCCCGGAGAAUAACUUUCAUGUGAAUUACUUAUUUCCUUCAUUUUAAAGAAAGACGCUGAGGGCAACUCGAAAAUGGUCAAUUUUGUCCGUGUAUAUGCGUUAUUGACCAAGGAUGAGGUCAAGAUGCCUGGAUAUGGGCCAAGUUCUUGUUGGCGUUUUUAUGGACCCAGAUUAGGUCAAUAAAAGUACCAAAAAAGCUGGGUUAGUAUCCAGCCAUCUUGACCGAACAAGCCUGGUCAAUAAAGGAUUUAUUACAUGGGCUAAAAGAUCAUCCCAUCUUGCCCGUUCGGGUAGCCAAUCAGAUCAGAGGAUUCACUUCAUCUAGUCCGCACGUGGUUUCAGCCAUAUCCUUGGUUUGAAUUUUAUUUUCUUUUGUUUUUGGGUGUAGUAAUUAGGGAAAAUAAAGUUUAAACCAAGUAUAAAAUUGAACCACAACAUAUAUAAAAUGAUUAAAAUUGUAAGUGAACAUAAGUGUCGCGAAUAGAUACUGGUUAGUAGUUGGUACUGUGUUUUCAUAACGUAUGAGUGUAUACAUGGCUAUGCGGUGGCCUGGCCUCGCUGCAAAGUGGCUACAUGGCUACUCGGCGACGUGGCUGCGCGGCUACUCGGCCAUGUGGAUGCGCGGCUAAGUGGCGGCGAGGGUACGUGGCUACGUGCCUGGGUAGUAUUAGGAAGCUUAAGCAACGGCGACUGAUUCAAAAACGUCACUUUAAACGAGAAUUCGCGCCGCUUCAAACUUUGUUGCGUUUAUUCCAUCUUGUUCAAUUCGACAAAUAAUGGCGAACUUUCUUAAGGAUUGUAUCGAAGUUCAGGGAAAGAAAAUGAAAAUUGUUGUUUUGUGUUCAUGUCCUCCACAAAACGAGAAAAUAGGACGUUUCACGUAAUAGACGUGCAACGACGGCAAGAAAAAAAAACGUGAUGCACGUUCAAAGUUGUUGUUUCGCCAAUCUUUUGCCCUUCCCUUUGCCGUCACUGUCGUCUUUGCUUAACCUUACGUCCUAGUCGUGCAGUUAAACAAAGUAAUGUACUAAGAUUAUAAGUUGUAAUUAUUAUCCUUUGCGAGUAAUGUAAAGAGUUCCACAGGCUUCGUGAACAGGUUAUAUAUUCCAACUAUGGGCUGUUUUUUUUUUCCGAGUUACCAGUAUCGGAAUUUUUCUGACUGGUUCAUUUUAAAUCCACGUCUCGUUUUAGCAUCGUAAGUCUAACCCACUUCUUUGAUUAGAUACCUGGAGAAUAAACUUUGGUACAUCACACACGUGACUGAUUGUGUGGAAGACGUCAUGGAUCACGUGUUUAAAUGCCCAGAAAUUUACGUUGAGAAAGAGGUAAGUUACACAAUUUAGUCAAUUAUUGAGUACCUAUCUAUAACCAGCUGUAUUGAUUUUUGUAAUUCGUUUUAACUUUCCUUUAUUUCUUACAACAGUUCAAAAUGCUGCUGUCCAUAUUGUCAGAUUUGCUUGGAAAAACCAAAUACUCCUUAGCUAGUAUGAGGAAGAUCUUCCCUCAAAACAGACCAGAGGACGGUGUUCCAAAACUUGUCGCUUUGUUUAAGUUGUGCCUGGAAUCAGCCAUACAGCUACAAUCACAAUUCCGUGAUGUAUUUUCCACAAGGCAGAUGGCUAUGGACUUUACCUCUAACUUGCCUAAAGAACCCCUUGAAGAUCUCCUGGCGUCUUGCAUCGAGGUAACUUGCAGUUCUUAUUACUGGCGGCUAUUGAAGAAACUGUAUCACCGCUGAAAUUAAGCGAAACUUGAGGAUGAUUUAUAGCUCACAACAUUCAACAAAGGUGUAAAACACAGCAAAAACAAAGAAUGCUUGAACGGACAGACUUGACGAAGAUUAGCCUGCGUGGCAGGUGUUAAAAGGGGAAGGGAAAGGGGAAAAUUCCCCCUUCCCCUUCCCUUUUUAACGCCUGCCACGCAGGCUAGGACGAAGAUUAAAACGGAUUGUAAUUGUGGUUUUUGAAAACUUGUGAACUUAACAGUUUUUUUUUAAUUCAUCUUUUUUGUGUGUAAAGUUUGAUAUAAUGCUUGGGAAGACAUACGAGUUUGACAUGACCAGUGCUCUUGUCAUGCAUUUGCAAGUACUUUCAUCGCUAUUAAGGCUAAGUUUCUUUGCGAAGAGGGACUUUUAAUUGACAUUAUCAACGAACGAACUAGACAGGCGUUACACAGCCCCCUUAACCCUUCAAGCCCUAAGAGUGAUCAGCAUCAAAUUUCUCCUUGUAAAAUCAAUGCUUUGUAAAACAGAGUGGUCAUGAGAAUUACGGACGUGAUCACACAAAAUGAAUUUACUGGAUAUUUUAUCAACUUCUCCCCACUACUUCUGUCGGAAAUGAAUAGGAAUAACAAAUGAGAAUAGCAAUUUUGAUCUUAGGUUUCAAAGGGUUAACGUUGGUUGGUUUUCUGUUGCGACAGAGUCAGAUUUGUUAGCGGUGUCGAAAGAGCUCUUAUGAUCUUUUGUCUCCAUAAUUUGUCCUGAUUUUCAACAUUGCAUAGGGUGAUGUGGGGGAGGACGAACCGCAAAGUAUUUAGUAAAAAAAACACUGUUUAAAAGCAUCCUGAAAUUAGAGUUAUUACGAAUAUUGCAUAACUGCCCAAGGACUUUCGCCCAUCAUUGUAAUUUUGAAUAAAUGACGUACUUCAACAUUUAUUUUUUGAUAAUCAAAGCAAAGAUUUUGUUUAACAAUGAACGAGGCGCGAAAACUCUCCUUUCUCAUUGUUUUUGAUUCAUUAAUGAAAAACGAAUCCAGUCUGCUAGCUUUUCAGAUUAAAUUCUGUCCUUUCAACUCCUUCCAGACUGAGAUAGAGGGUCGUUAUGAUCGCCGUAAGGUCAUUGCUGCAGAUGAUCUAGGUAGAAACUGCUCUCCGCCCCAGCUUCUGCUUAACGUUAUCAUGGAUAUUCGCCAAGAGGUCAAAGAUUAUGAAGAUUACAGAAUAGCCUUCUGCAGGUUAGUUGCGCUUUGUCGCGGUUCACACUACUUCUGUAAUGACUAGUCACUCACUCACUCACUCACUUACGUACCUACGUACUUACGUCUGCGUGGGAGGCUACUGGAAGACCCUUGGAAUGGUACAACUGUAUCGGAUAUAGGUGUCAUAGAAUACGGUUUUACAAGGAAUAGGGGUUAGAGAAAACUCUUUGAAAUACUGGAAAAAGAGGACGACUAUAUUAGAGUUUCUGAUAUUACAGGGCAAUUCUCAAAAUCGUAACAUGGUGUACUUCCGUAUGAAGUACAGUCUGCCUUCCUGUCUCACUCUGGCUAUAAACCACACGACAAACUAGAUUGCUACUAGGAUUGUUCGUUUAACAUAUAUAUAUAUAUAUAUUUAUACAAUUUUCUUUUUUCUCUCGUACCCGCCUCGAAUAGCCUUCGCUAAUUGCGGGCACAAGCUUUGUAAGCUAUAUUUAAUUUGAAAUAAACUUGUUGUUGUUGUUGUUGUUGAAGGUAAAUUUACAAACUCUCGUUAGAAGCAUUUGACUAACAGUAAAUUUCUCGGUUUAAGAUCUUGGAAUUUUUUCAUUUUUAACAUCAGAAAAGUGCGGGAAUUUUGUUCCCUCUUAAUGGUGCGAAUAAUACCUUAAGUUUGAUUGACUUUGAAUUCUGAAACAAGUUGGACAAGUAAAAACUAUUUAACUGUUCAUUAUUUUAUUUUAGCGUCUUUGAUAUCACGAAGCUUGCAGCGGUCAAGUUUUAUUCCUUGCUUAUGUCAGACAUCGUACAUCUUUGUGAAAGUCCGCGUCGAAGAUGCAGGCGUGAUCUUGUGGAUCCUAACAUGCUGUGUUUGGCAUUUCGAUUGUCUGACUUGGAUGAGAAGUGGGCAAAGUUUAUUCCGUUCAGG